GCCAAUUUCUCACUGUCUAGCCAAGUUUGUUUAUGAGAUUGGAAAUAACUGUGAUCUCAAGCAUCCGUCUGCAUGCAGAGGGUUUUCACAGCAGAUAUUCAGCUUUGUAGAGAAUAGGAGUCUGUGUAUAAAUGGCACACCGUGGAUUUGGCAUCUUCUGGAAGAAUGUGUGGAGAAUGCAUGGGAGUACUGCAGCGUUGUCGCAGGACUGACUUCCAUUGUCUGCUUUCUGUUUGCUGCACUACCUCAAAUUCACGUUGCCUGUCGGGAUGGAAAGGUGGACCAAGCACUGUCUUUGGGCUUUCUGCUGUGUUGGAUGGCUGGAGAUGUCACAAAUCUGAUAGGCUGCUAUUUAACAAAUCAACUGCCAAUUCAGACUAUCACUGCCAUCUCCUACGUUAACAUGGAUAUCAUUUUGAUUUCACAAUUUGCCUAUUGCAAGCUCAAGAAUUGGAAGAUGAUGAAAGGCAGCAGAAGGCUGAAGAAUUUCUGUAUAACCUGGAUCUUGAUGUGCAUAACCCUGUGUGUUGUUUUACCCUGCCAGCUGUUUAUCAGAAAGCAAGACCAGAGUUCAGCAAUGGAAAGAAGUAUUAACUCUCUCGAUAUGAUUGAAAUGUCAGGCUUCGUUUGUGGCUAUAUAUCCUGUGUGUUUUACUUGGGAAGUAGAUUUCCUCAGCUGUACAAAAACUUUCAGAGAAAGUCAACAGAAGGCACCUCUUACCUGCUGUUUGCAUUGGCCAUGCUGGGAAACUGCACGUAUGGCCUCAGCCUUGUCCUAAAGAUGCCUGCUGCUGGAUCUGUCCGGGCCCUCUACUUUUUACACCAUCUUCCAUGGCUCCUCGGGAGCUUUGGAGUUUUGUUCCUGGAUGUUUUUGUGACUGUGCAGUUCCUUCUGUAUGGUCAGCACAAAGAGAGAUCACAUGCCUUGGUGGCACUGGAAGUGGAGCCACUGCUUGUGGGUGAGGAGGAUGCAUAGUGCUGUGCUCAGCCCUGCUCACGCCUGGGGACUUGGAUGGGUCAGACUGCAGGAGCUUUGCAACCACACUUAUUUUUGGUAUUCAUUUAUUUGUCAUUAAUUUGUCACUGCUUGUUUAACGUUUUCAUCUUCACAUCAUUUGCAAAUAUUUAUUCUGUUGCUUCAGAACUGUAUUAAGUCUUUGUUUUCCUGAAUGCUUGCCUUUCUCACUGUUCCUCCCUGUGAUGGGAAUCACAGCAGUGGGUGCUUUGGGAGUAUUUAUUUGACACGAUGAUGCCGUGCAUAUGACAAGGUGACAAUUUUUAGAUGAAAAUCUACAUCUUGAUAGCAGUAAUACGGCUGUUUUAAAACUAGCCCUGAGCCUUGAACUCAGCGUGGAGUUCUGUACUGCUCAGUGUGGUCACAUUGCAUGGAAGAAAAUUGGCCUUUAAUUAAGAACCAUCAGUGCAGAGGAUCCAUUGCUGAUGUAAAAGCAGAACUGUGGUGUGAGUUCUUGAGAUCAUAGAACCAUAGAAUGGCCUGGGUUGCAAAGGACCACAAUGCUCACCCAGUUCCAACCCCCUGCUGUGUGCAGGUCACCAACCAGCAGCCCAGGCUGCCCAGAGCCACAUCCAGCCUGGCCUUGAAUGCCUGCAGGGAUGGGGCAUCCACAGCCUCCUUGGGCAACCUGUAACAGUGCCUCACCACCCUCUGGGUGAAAAACUUCCUCCUCAUAUCCAACCUAAACCUCCCCUGUCUACGUUUAAAGCCAUUCCCCCUUGUUCUAUCACGGUCCAACUGAUAGUAGGAUCCCCAUGUACACUGCAGAGCAUCACUAUGCAUUUUGUUGUUUUAAUUAAAACUUUAUAUACCAAUGCCUUUGCCUUCUGUGGAACAUAAUUACUGCUUGUUGUCAUACGCUGCAGAUGAUGGUUUUCUAGGACUUGCAUUUCACUGUAAGCUGCUGGGUAGGGUAAGUACUAUACAAGGAAAAAACAAUACCACAACAUAAGGAGACUGUACCUUGUCAUUGCUUAUUGAGCACGAGGGAUUUUGUCAGUGCUCUGUUGUGUUUAAUGAAACCUUAAUAAGAUCCAAGAGAAUAAAUUCAAGUUAAUAUUUCA